AUGGCUACCACCAACAAUGCUCAAGAAGACGAUCCACCGAGAUCUACUGCAUUAGAAAGGCAGUUCCAGACUCUCAUGACAGCAGUAGAACGACUCAAAAAGCAGGACCACAAUCUGGAGGAGCAGCUACGACAAAGGGAGGUAGGACCCAACCUUCAGGAGCAAAACCAGGAAGGUAACAGUGCCGAGCGAAGGGAGCAGGAGAAGCCUGAGCGCAGUAAUGCCCCAAGCCGACCAGAGCGGCAAAACGGCGUACCAAACGAGAUCAUGUGCAGGACGUUCCCGACCACGCUGAAGGGGCCUGCGAGGGUCUGGUUCAGUAGGUUGACACCAAACUCCAUCAAUACUUUCAAGGAGUUGAGCGCCUUGUUCACCUCACACUUCAUAGGCGGACAUCGAUACAAAAAGUCCACCGCUUGCUUAAUGAAUAUCAAGCAGCGAGAAGACGAGACGCUGCGAGCCUACAUAACUCAUUUCAACAAAGAAGCCCUUUCGAUUAACGAAGCUGACGAUAAAAUACUCAUAGCCGCGUUCACUAGCGGGCUACAGAAGGGUAAGUUCUUGUUUUCCUUAUACAAGAAUGACAAAAAAACCAUGACGGACGUUCUCUACAGGGCUACCAAGUACAUGAAUGCAGAAGAUGCGCUGCUGGCCCGCGAGGAAAGGCCUAAGAAGAGAGAAAGGUUCACCAAUUUCACCCCGUUAACCGCCCCAAUCGACCAAGUAUUGAUACAAAUCAAAGAUGAAGGAGCAUUGACCUUCCCUGGAAAGUUGAAGGGAGACCCCAACAAAAGACCGAGAGACAAGUAUUGUCACUUUCACCGGGACCACGGGCACGACACAACUAACUGCUAUGACCUGAAGCAGCAGAUCGAGGCCCUAAUUAGGCAGGGGAAACUACAGAGGUUCGUUAGCAGGGAAAGAACUGAUACACCAGAAGAACAGGCUCCACGAAGGGAGAACGACCGCCCUAGCCCACCCAUAGGAGACAUACGAAUGAUCGUAGGGGGCACAACUGCAGCCAGAUCUUCCAAGAAAGCCCGCAAAACCUACCUCAGGAUGGUCCAUAGCGUCCAACUCACAGGAUCCGUACCAAAGAUGCCGCGAAUAGAUAAUCCCGUCAUAAACUUUUCAAAGGAUGACGCUCGAAGACUUCACCAUCCUCAUGACGGCGCGCUAGUAGUCAGCCUGCAGAUUGGGGAUUAUAAUAUGCAUCGGGUCCUCGUCGACAACGGCAGCUCAGUAGACAUCCUGUACUAUCCAGCAUUCCAGUAA